GUUGACAGAUUUGUUUCUUCACAGUUUUGAGGUUAUGUGUACAAAUGAAUAUUAUCAAAAAAUACUAACAAGUAGUUGAAAUUAAACAUGUCAUUAAUUUCCUUGGCCUCAAUUAUACUGAAGAGAAGUGCGACUUACCGAAAAUUAUUACCAUGUCGUGACUGUAUCAGGAUAAACGCACCAUUAAGCUCGGUUGCAACAAAAUCUGUGCAUGAAGUUAAUACCAACGUUGUAAAAGACGUUAUUCUGUACAAAUAUGAGAACCCGAAAUAUUUUAAGUACAUGAACGUGUUCGCAGUAGUGCAGUACAUGUUUUGGAUGUAUUUAGGAACGUUCGCGUUCACAUCACUGAAAGAUGCACCUGUUGACCGGUCGAAGAUAACAGACGAUACACCGUGGUAUAGAAGGAUAAAUCUUGGUGAUAAUAAGUACAGGAAUACGCUUGGUGGCGUAGCUGUGCUAGUUGGCACAGGCUCUCUAGCAAUGAUAUGGAUGUACACCCUAAAGUCUGUCCGUUACCUCGUCCUUCACAAGGGAGGCAAACAUCUAUCCUUUGUAACCUACGCUCCAUUCGGGACCAACCGCAUCAUGAAAGUACCCAUUGAAAACGUCUGUUGCAAGGAAGCUAGAAAGAACGCUAGGGUUCAACUACCAAUGAAGGUGAAAAACACUUGGAUGCAUUACAUGCUGGAUAUGAAAGGAGAGUUCAAGAACCCAAUCUUGUUUGAUGCUACAGCUGGAUUGGCUAGGAAAUGGUAAUUUUGGUACCACAUGUGUUUUUUUAUGGACUUAUGAAUCACUCAUGUAGAUUUCAAAGAUCACUUGUAUAAACGAAAACCCACAAAGUAAGUCAAGAAAAAUGUAAAAUAGAUUAUUUGUGACGUUUUCAAUCAAAAGGUACCACAAUGUCGCUUACCAUAAGGAAGAAAUUGGAUUGUAUCUUUAUACAAAUAACCUGUCAGAGCGUCCUUAUGGCAAGCGACAAUGUGGUACCCUUUGAUUGAAAACGGUACAUUUAAGCAUAAGCAUAAGCAUAACAAAGCCAUAGCAUAGCUUAAAGUUUAUAGUCUAUGAUUGUUCAUUAUUUUUAGUAUGUGGGUAUUUUUGCACUUCGUAAUUUUUCCUCAGUCACCCGUUGACCACGAAUGCUGUAAAGGGUUCGAAACGUCGGGAUGUAUUAUAAAAUCAAUAUACGCGAUAUAAUCCGU